AUGACUGCUCUUCGUGUUUUCCCAUUUAUUGGCGCUCUUAUUGCUGUUGCCGCACUCGUCUUAUCUAUUAUUGGCAUUUCAACAACAUAUUGGUUUUCCAAUGCUUUGGGACACUCAGGUCUUUGGCAAACUUGUCCUGCUGGUGUUUGUGUCCGACGUGAUGGUGGACAAGCCGCGCCCAUUGCUCUUGCAGCAGUCAUCGCCAUCGGUGUUGCUGCUCUCUUGGCUAUCUUCAGCGGUCUAGCUCGUAAUAAAUCUGAUGCCAGCAAUAAUACAGCUCGGCUCUGCGGUGUCAUCGCAGUCAUUCUUCUUUUUUCAAGUGGAAUUCUUAUUGCUGCUGCACUUUACACCUUUGUCAAUGCAGUCAAUGUCACUGGCUAUUCAUUUACACUCAUGACUAUUGCUCAAUUCUUGAGCUUUCUUGCUGCUAUGCUCGUUGCCCAUUGGAUGGGACACUCAUUUACUGUUAUCAGUUAA